AAGAAAAAAGAAGAAGACGCCAAACGUGUGUCACAGCUUUGAUAGCGCUCAAGACAAAAACACAAUAGGGCUAUGGCAUUGUGUUACAGAUUACUGGGAGGCAGGCAAUUGUGUCGGAGCCUGGCACGCAAUUUAUACUCGCAGCCGUGUCGAUGCAUUACACUAAAAGUAACAAAGAUUGAAUCUCCUGUCAAUGAAACCCAUGAUGAGAGAAAUGCUAGGCUGGGUCGGCCACAGUCACCUCACCUUUCCAUUUACAAAAUGCAACUAACGUCAAUGCUUUCAAUCACUCACCGAAUGACAGGGCUAGCUUUGAGUUUCUACAUGACAACUUUGGGUCUAGGUACUCUUGUAUCACCUUACCAGUUCACUGAUUUCAUCACUUGGAUGCAAGAAUUGCAUUUGAAUCCAGUAGUAAUCACAGCCAUGAAAGCAAUGAUGGCAUUUCCUCUUGCGUAUCACAUAUCUAAUGGUGUCCGUCACUUGGUUUGGGAUUUAGGAAAGGCACUGACAAUAAAGGGAGUGUAUUACACAGGGUAUGCUAUGUUAACUGCAUCAACAAUUGUGACAGCAUGGCUACUGUCACUGUAAUAUAAAAAGUCUUUCCUCAUAACAAUCACAAUGGAAGUAGUGCUUGGUGUAGUGUGCUUAAAGAGUAUGCAACAGUACUUAUUUAUGAAGAAAGUGUGUGUAAAUCUGCAACACUUUUGUGUACAUAACUGCUUUGCAGGUUCUAACUCCAACAUUAUUUUAAAAUAUUUGUGAAUUCAAGAAACUGUAGUAUAUGAUUAUGUAAUGGCAGGUAUUGC